CAGAGAGAACAUAGGUUAUUUUUAAUUUUUUUUUUUUGUUCAUGUGUUAACCUUGAUAUCACAAAUUGCCAUACUCUCGCUUCCUUUUUUUUUCUUUUUCUUUACAGAGUCUAUUUCUUCUUUUGGAAUAGACACAUCUCCCUAAUUCCCAAUCACUUUUUCUUUCUUCUGUUGGGUCCUGCUCAUGUUUCAAGCUUUACCUACUUUUUGAAGACCUUUCAAUGCACUGCUCUGCUUUCCUCAGCCCUUGGUUAGAGCUCUGUUUUAGCCAUGAUCAUGUCUAUUAUAAUUCUAAUUAUGUCAAUUUUCAUCUUAGUAGACUGUAGAUUCAUUAAGGAAUCUUAAUGAAUUCUUUAAUUGUUGACCUUGUUAACCCAACACAUCUUUAAUAAAAAGCGGCAGUUGCUCAAUGUUUGCUAAAUAAAUGCAUUUUUAAAAAGCAUGUUAUACCUGUGAUCAACCCAGCCUAGAAAUGAAACUCCUUUACCUGGGUCUCAAAAUUUAGUACACAAGGUUGAGUUCUUCUAUUUGUUGUUGCACUCUUUUCUAAACUCUCCAAUUUAUACAUACACAAAUGGAGAGAGAGAAAGGAAAGAAAGUAAUGUGGGGUACCACAGUACCACAGAAGGAAACAUGACAGGUUUCUGCUUAUUGCUUUUUAAACAACAUGAAGCUGCUUGCUUUAUUUUUUUCUCAGAAACCUUACUAUUGUCUAUUGACCUAAAAUAGAGAGAGAGAGAGAGAGCUUAUUAAGAAAGACAUUGGAGAGAUAAAACUCUGUAGUGUCCAAAUUUUUCAUUAAAGCCUCAUAUGACUCAAAAACAUGGGCUGUGUGUUUAUGUGCCCUGCUGUCACCCCUAAACAACUACAUCUGAGACAGCCAUCCGCUUCCUUCUCUCAUUUCUUGUCUUGACUGAGUAAACUUAUUCCCUUUGUCUUUCACAGAAAAAGUCCAAGAAAAUAUAGGCUCAGGUUUUAUAGAAAAAUCAAAACUGAUCCAAUCAAAGUAGAUUUACAGGAAUGUAUACUCAUCCUCUAAAACCUCAUUUUCUUAUUUAGAGAAAUCAUUUUUCUAGGUCCUAGAAAGGUAAAUUCCUGGUACACAAAAAAUAGAUGAUUGGGAACUAAGCUUUCUUAGCUGACUUAAGAAUCUUCUGCAGAAUUUCUGUGAAAUUCUUAACUAUUGACUUACGAAGACUUUAUGUCUAAAUAGUAACUGCAAUGUUUAUUUUUUUAAAUGGAAUAUGUUUAAAAAGACUCCAGGAAAACAUUUUUAAAGUUAUUAUUGGAUGGGAGGAAUAUGGGGCGGAGUUGGCCUUAGAGAAAUGAUAGCAGCAUUAGUAAAAAGGAUUUUAAAAAGCACAUGCUGGGCUCAAGUCAGUAUAGCUCCAAAAGACAGGACUGAGCAAGAAGGAUCAGAAAGACAAGAUGAACGAUGUGAAGCUUGCUGUCUUGGGUGGCGAAGGAACAGGCAAAUCUGCACUUACAGUAAGGUUUCUUACCAAGCGAUUCAUUGGAGAAUAUGCUUCUAAUUUUGAAUCUAUCUAUAGUAAGCAUUUGUAUUUGGAAGGGAAGCAACUGAACCUAGAAAUAUAUGACCCUUGUUCUCAACCAAAGAAAGCAAAAUUUUCCCUCACAAGUGAACUGCAUUGGGCAGAUGGGUUUGUUAUUGUGUAUGACAUCAGUGACAGGUCCUCAUUUGCUUUUGCAAAAGCACUGGUCUACAGAAUUCGGGAGCCACAAACUAGUCAUUGUAAAAGUUGUGUUCUACAUUUCAGAGCUGUGGAAUCAGCAGUGCUUUUGGUUGGUAACAAGCAAGAUCUCUGUCACGUGCGAGAGGUUGGCUGGGAGGAAGGGCAAAAGCUGGCAUUGGAUAACCGCUGCCAAUUCUGUGAAUUAUCUGCAGCAGAGCAGUGUCUGGAGAGAGAGACAGAGUGUGAACAGGGGAAGAGCGGAGAGAGAGGGAGACAGAAUCUGAAGCAGGCUCCAGGCUCUGAGCUGUCAGCACAGAGCCCGACGUGGGGAUCGAACUCACAAACUGCGAGGUCAUGACCUAAGACGAAGCGGGAUGCUCAUCAACUAAGCCACCCAGGUACCCCUAAACAAAAAGUCUUUUAAAAAUAACCAGUUGGAUGACUUUUGUCAGAAAAUUUUAAAGCCUAGACUAUAAGAAGUGUGUAUUUUGCUUACAUUGUCAUUCUCCACAAUAAGAGAGGUUUUGAGCAAACCCUGCUAAAAAGUAGUUUAAAAAUUAUGGGUUUGAUCA